GAGUGACUGCUUGCCCCCGGAACUGCUGGAAGAGGACAACAAAAGUACCCAUGUACCCCACUACCCCGCCAUGACAUCUUGUCGCAUGAAUUGUUUUCAGAAAUUUGACCUCGCCAUCACCAUUUUUGAUAUCUUUACUACCUGAACCGAGCUCAACAUCGGGUAUCUCCAACGACAGAAGCCCAGAUGAAGCAGCGAUUCUCCUCUCUCGACGUCAGGGUCGUGGCCCACGAGCUCUCCGAAGCUCUGGUGUCGCUGCGCCUGGCCAACAUCUACGACCUCAACUCCAAGAUCCUCCUCCUCAAGUUCGCCAAACCCGACAACAGGCAACAGCUCCUAAUCGAAUCCGGCUUCCGCUGCCAUUUGACCGACUUUGUGCGCACUGCCUCUCCAGCACCCAGCCAAUUCGUCGCCAGGCUUCGCAAAUACCUCAAGACUCGACGUUGUACCUCCGUCUCGCAGAUCGGCACCGACCGCAUCAUCGAGUUCCAGUUCAGCGAUGGCGCCUUUCGACUUUAUCUCGAAUUCUUUGCUAGCGGCAACAUCAUUCUUACCGAUUCCGACCUCAAGAUCUUGGCUCUGCUCCGCAAUGUUCCCGAGGGCGAAGGCCAGGAACCCCAGCGCAUUGGUCUGACCUACACGCUUGAAAACAGACAGAACUUUGGAGGUGUUCCUGCCCUGACCAAGGAGCGUCUGAGGGAUGCGCUGCAGAGCACAGUCCAAAAGGUAGCCGCUGAUCAAGCUGCCGGUAAGAAGAUCAAGAAGAAGGGCGCCGACGAGCUCCGAAGGGGCCUUGCGACCACCAUCACAGAGCUACCGCCCAUUCUCGUCGAGCAUGUCUUCCGCCUUACCAGCUUCGACCCAGCCACCAAGCCUGCCGAGAUCCUGGACGACGAUUCCCUCCUAGACAAGCUAUUCGACACCCUCCAGCAAGCACGAGAAAUUCUUGACGAGGUCACCGAUUCUUCUGUUUCCAAUGGUUACAUCAUCGCUAAGCCUAGGCCCGGGUUUGAGGAUGCAGAGGUGGACGUCGAUGCGCCACCAGCCGAAAAGGCAAAAAACCUCCUCUACGAGGAUUUCCAACCGUUCCUGCCCAAGCAGUUCGAGGAUAAUAAGGCAUAUCGCAUCUUGCCGUUCGUCGGCUACAACAAGACAGUUGAUGAGUUCUUCUCAUCCCUCGAGGGACAAAGGCUAGAGUCCAAGCUCAGCGAGCGCGAGGCUGCUGCCAAGAGAAAGCUCGAAGCUGCCCGUAUGGACCAAGCUAAGCGAAUAGAAGGACUGCAAGAGAUGGAGACGCUAAAUUACCGCAAGGCGGCGACCAUUCAAGCCAAUAUUGAACGUGUCCAAGAAGCCAUGGAUGCCGUAAACGGCCUGCUACAGGAAGGCAUGGACUGGGUCGACAUCACGAAACUGAUUGAAAAGGAGCAGAAGCAGGGCAACCCGGUUGCAGAAAUCAUCAAGUUGCCGAUGAAGCUGAAGGAGAACACCAUCACAUUACUGCUAGGAGAAGGCGUAGAAGAAGAGGAAGAGGGUGAUGACGACAAAGAGGAUGAUGAGUUCGAUUACAGCGAUGAUGAAGACGAUGCCGACGGGGCUGAAACAACCAAGGACAAGGCGCCAGUCAAACGCCUUGAAGUCGAUAUCAACCUGACACUUAGCGUUUGGAACAACGCCAGAGAGUACUACGACCAGAAGCGGACAGCUGCCGACAAGGCGCAAAAGACUGUCCAACAGUCGGUCAUCGCCUUGAAAAACGCCGAGCAGAAGAUUGCCGAGGAUCUCAGGAAGGGUCUCAAGCAAGAGAAACCAGUCCUUCAACCCAUCAGGAAGCAAAUGUGGUUCGAGAAGUUCACCUGGUUUAUUUCCUCAGACGGUUAUCUCGUUCUCGGAGGCCGUGAUGCGCAACAGAACGAGAUGCUAUACAAGCGGUAUCUGAGGAAGGGUGACGUCUACGUUCACGCGGAUGUUCACGGAGCUGCAAGCGUUAUCAUCAAGAAUAACCCAAAGACACCUGAUGCGCCCAUUCCGCCAUCGACACUUGCCCAGGCUGGCAACUUGUCAGUGUGCUGCUCUAGUGCUUGGGAUUCGAAGGCCGGCAUGGGGGCCUGGUGGGUUAAUGCCGACCAGGUCUCGAAAAGCGCGCCCACUGGCGAAUACCUGCCGGUAGGAUCGUUCAUGGUUCGGGGAAGGCGUAACCUCCUGCCUCCGGCGCUACUGACGCUUGGUUUCGGUCUGCUCUUCAGGGUAUCCGACGACAGCAAGUCCAAGCAUACUCGCCAUAGGGUCUAUGACUUUGGAGAAGGCAAGACGAGAGGUCGUGCCGACUCUCUGGAUGCCGAGUCCGAACGUGCAGAGAGCCCCCACGAGCAAAAGCCUGUGGCCGACGAAGAGUCCGAGAGUGAUGACGAGGACGAGGAUGCUGCAAACCAAAAGGCGAGAGUUAAUCCCCUGCACUCGCAGCGUCCUGGACAAGACGAUUCCGUUGAAAGCGAUGCUGCCCAAGGCGCAGAGCCACCAACGGAAGAGCUGGCAGACCUAGAGAUUACUGGAGAGGGUUCCGAUGAGGACAACAAGUCCCCAGCGGAACUGGAACCCGCUGCACAGAACGAAGAGGAAGAGGGCCAAGAGGAGGAUGAGGAAGACUCAUACCAGCCAUCACCUGCAGCACAGGCCGGCACUCCCUCGUCAUCAACGGCACCUCAAAAGCAACAGCCUGCGAAGAAGGCGCCCGCCAAGCGUGGCCAGCGCGGCAAGCAAAAGAAGAUUGCGGCCAAGUACAAGGACCAAGAUGAGGAGGACCGUGCCCUUAUGGAAGAGCUCAUGGGUGUCAAGGCUGCCCGUCAGAAGGCCGAAGCCGAAGCCGCUGCCAAAGCCAAGGCCGAAGCCGAGGCUGCUGCCGCUCGCGAGCGUCGCCGUCAGCAACAGGAGCGCGUGAAGAAGGAGAUCGCCGAACACGAAGAGGUCCGUCGUCUAAUGAUGGAGGAAGGCGAGGACAUGCCUCUGGACGAGUCCGAGAUGGCGAUGGAGAUGGCGCCGCUCGAGACGCUUUUGGGCACCCCACUUGCGGGCGACGAGAUUCUGGAGGUGGUACCGAUCUGCGCGCCGUGGAAUGCUCUGAACAAGGUCAAGUACAAGACGAAGCUGCAGCCUGGAAAUACAAAGAAGGGCAAGGCAGUUAAAGAGAUUGUUGAGCGGUGGAGGUUGGCGGCCAGCAAGCAGGGCUGGAUUGAUGAGUCGUCGUCGGAUCCGGAAAAGAUUUGGCCGAGAGAGAGGGACCUCAUCAAGGGCCUGAAGGUUGAAGAGGCUUUCAACUGCGUGCCUGUCGGAAAGGUCACUGUGAUGCACUCUGGUGGUCGUGCUGGUAGUUCGAGUGGAGGAGGGUCCGGGAAGGGUGGUGGUAAGGGUGGAAGUGGUGGCAAAGGAGGAAGUGGUAAGGGAGGUAAGGGCAAGAAGAAAUAGUUAUGAAGUUCGUCGGGGAAGCGAAAAGCAUGUUUUGUAUAAACAGACUUUAGAGUUCAGCGGGGCUAUUACAGCAUAAGCAUGGUAAAUGGUUUACAAGCUCAGUCAUCAAGUGCUCCAGGACACUGCUCAUUAUGAAGUAGACAAUGCACAUAUGAAUUGGUCUAGCUGACGUUGAAUGACAAAGG